AUGGUUGAGUCAAAUAGUCCGGCAAUGGCUGGUGGUCUCCGAAUGCGAGAUUUUAUUCUUGCAAUCAAUGGUAAGAAUGUAACAGAUGUGCAUGAAAAAAUAAUUAGAAAACUAAUAAAUCGAGCACGAGAUUCCAAAAGUAUGGUUGAAUUGCUUGUCUGUCAAGAAGAUAUUUAUGAGAAUACAAGAUGUAAGUCAAAAUUGAAUGAUCUCUCCAGAGCUACAAGAUUUGAAACACCGACAACAAUGCCUAUUGAAUAUAUUGAAUUUUCAAAAAAUCGACUACGUACAUGCACAAUUGUAUUAAAUGCUGAUCAGAAUUCAUCGUUUGGUAUUGAAACAGCUCGUGGUCAAAAAGGUAUCGGUUUAUAUAUUAUAUAUGUUGUACCCAAUUCACCAGCAGCAUUAGCCGGAUUACGAAACUCAGAUCGUAUUGUUAAAAUUAAUGGUGAAAAUAUCGAUAAAGAUAAAAGCGAAUCCAUAAGAAAAAAAAUCAAAUCCGCUAGGAUAAUAAAUGGUGCUAUCGAAUUAUAUGUUGCUGAUACUCAUGCAUACAAAACAUACAAAGAUUCUACAAGCGAAAAUAAAACAUCAAGUGGGACACUCUCGAGAAUAGCUGAAAGAUGUCGUCGACGAUCAUCUACCAGUAAGACAUUAAAUACUAAUCAGAAUGAGUUACUGACUUAUUUUAAAUUCUAA